UCCCACGGUCCCUCUGUCCUUGGGCUGUGGGGCCAGCCAGCCUCCCACACGUCACAGAUCCUUGCUUAGCCUUAGCGGGGCUCCUUGUAGAUCCCAGAGUGAUGGCCAGUCUAAAUGUGUCCCUCUCUUUCUUUUUUGCCACCUGUGCUCUCUGUGAGGCGGCAAGAAGGGCAUCAAAAGCCUUGCUCCCAGCGGGAACCUACGUCAGUUUUUCCCGGGAGGCACUGGGCGCAGCCCAGCUGACAGCCUGCUGCCUAGAGCUGCGAGUGUUGGUGGAACUUGGCCCCUGGGCCGGGGGCUUCGGGCCCGACCUGCUGCUGACCCUGGUCUUCCUGCUCUUCGUGGUGCACGGGGUCACCUUUGAUGGGGCCUCCGCCAACCCCACUGUGGCCUUACAGGAGUUCCUCAUGGCGGAGGCCUCGCUGCCCAGCACUCUGCUGAAAGUGGUGGCCCAGGUGCUGGGUGCACAGGCUGCCUGCGCCCUGACCCAGCGCUGCUGGACCUGGGAGCUCAGCGAACUACACAUGCUGCAGAGCCUCAUGUCUGCGCACUGCAGCUCCAGCCUGCGCACGUCCGUGCUGCAGGGCACACUGGUGGAGGGCGCCUGCGCCUUCUUCUUCCAUCUGAGCCUCCUCCGCCUGCAGCACGGCCUUCUUGUCUACAGGGUGCCUGCCCUGGCCCUGCUGGUCACUGUCAUGGCCUACACAGCUGGGCCCUACACAUCUGCCUUCUUCAAUCCUGCCCUGGCUGCCUCUGUCACAUUCCACUGCUCUGGAAACACCUUGCUGGAGUAUGCCCGUGUGUAUUGCUUGGGUCCUGUGGCAGGGAUGAUCCUGGCUGUCCUCCUGCAUCAGGGCCACCUUCCCCGCCUUUUCCAGAGAAAUCUGUUCUACCGGCAGAAAACCAAAUACCGAACUCCCAGAGGGAAGCUGUGCCCAGCUUCUCUGGAUACCCAGACGCCCACAAAGGAGUAUAGUGGCAAAAGUCUGUAGCCUUUAUAUGCCAGGGUUGUAGCCACUGGGGUCCAGCUGAGCUGUCAUGCUCACAGACCCUUCAGUCACCUCCUGAAACUUCUGGGCUCCCCUCCAUGGAAACCAUUUAUCAAUAAACAGUUGCUAA